CUUCCAGAUGCGCCAACCCUUGAGGAGCUUCAGAAAAUGAAAACCAAGCGGGCUUAUGAGUUGGUCCAGUCCAACCGUCCAUCCGCAAAAUACUGCAUCGAAUCGGGGCUCUCGUACGGCGUCUUCAUCCAAAACUGGACGCCGCGACGCGCAGACACUGAAGGAGAAGGACAGCUGCACUGGAACAGCAACGACACGUCGGCUUCCCGCGAGCAACUGCUGGAGCAGAUGGACUUUCCCCUGAUUGCCAUCACCCUAUCCCAGGACGCUGCCAAAACACAAGACUCAGCCUCCUGAAGGGCACCGGUCGAUGGAUAGGAUCCUGGAAGGUCUCAAGGCCAUCCGAGAGGGUCUCAAAAACGAGCUUGUAGACAGUACGGGAACUGCCUGGAGACCUCCGGGCGGAAAAGCAGGAGAAGGCAAGGUUGUCAAGCGCAGCGGACUUGUAUUCGCGGCGACCAUGUCCACAAAGGACUCUCCAGAGCUUUGGCGCACCAUGUGAUGCACACAAUGGCCGAGGCUGGGUACCAAGGAAUUGACAUCCAGGCCUCGAACAAAGGCUGUUGAGAAGGUGUGGCUGGACCCGCCCG